AUGGAGGCGAAGUGAAGGGAGUGGCACCGGUGCCGGGUUUGUGGGUUUGAAUGUUUCGAGGAAUACUGAGGUUCCAGUAGUCGCAACGGUUGCCGGUAAAGUUCCGCACCAUCCUAAAAACUACUCAUAUGAGGACCAUCCGGCUGAUGUUAGAAUCCGAGCGACGGGAAAGUUCGAUGAGUGUUUAGUUGGUCUAUGCAAAGGUGUAUAUGCUUAUAUGACUGAUGUGAGUCGUGUAGAGCCAAAGGAAGUGAUGACAGUGGAUAUUCCAAAGUCUGAGAAUUUGAGUCAGUUUAUCUUCAAUGUGGUGAACUGUGUGUUUGAGUUAUACUGCGACCAAUAUUUUAUGGUCCGGGAGAUGGAAUUGGAGCUGCCUGCAACAUUGAUGGAGGCGUCGACGAAAGAGUUGAUUUGUUCCGAUUGGUCGACACUGACUUGUGAGGGUUCGGUAUUGGGUGAUAGUAUCCGAGGUAUAUGUUAUGGUGAAAAGUUUGACGGUAGUCGACACUCUCAAGGUACUGAGGUUAAGGCGAUUACCAAACAUGACCUUGAAGUGAGCGCUCUUGACACUGAUGUCAUGACGAUCUGUAUGCUGAUUGACAUCUAA